CUUAUAUUUGACUGCGAUCCUCUUCUGCUCUGCCUCUCCCUCCGGGCGCUCGUCGAGAAGGCAGCCCGCCCGCCCCGCGCAGCCCAAGCUCGGCCCUUCGCUCGGCCCGCCCCGAGCCUCGCUCGCUCGCUUCUGCCGACGUGGCCGGGAGGGGAGUCCAGGACGCAGGCAGGGCGCGCCGGCAGGCAGCAGCUCAGCGGUGGACCCCAAAAAAAUGUCAGAGAGCAGAGGUGAGACGUUAACCCGAGAGGGAAAUGAACAGGCGCUGCCAUCUGAGCAAAGCAUCUCGACAUCCAAGGAAGUAGUGCGUGAUGAAAAGACAGAUAUGCAGAUAUCACCGCAAGUUGAUAAAGAGGAAGCUUCGGGAAGCGCCAACAAGGACUUCGAAGAGCAACAGGCGUUCGAUUUGGAAAGUCCUUCAAAUGAACAAGAGUCCAGUGGAGAAACAGCUAAGGACGGUGUGACUGAGUGCAGUGACUCUAUAAGCCUCGAACCAGAAGUUGCUGAAAGGCCGAAUGAAGAAAAUGAUGUGGAUUCAGUAUCCAAAGGAAAACGAUGGACCACUUGGGGAUCCUGGAGCAAGUCCCUUCUUUCAACGGCUUCUGCUACAGUUGGUCAAGGAUUAACAGCAGUGAAAGAAAAAGCAGGCAUUCUCCGAACUCGCGCCCCUUCCUCGGCAUCUUCAGAUGGCGGACCUCCAGAGACAACGGAAAACAUCGUCACAGGUUCUAUGUGGAAGACGAUCGACAGCAGAGUUUCGAAGAGAACGUGGCCUUAUCCUCUCUCCUUCCGGAUCGCGGGAGUGCUGUCAACCAUCACUAGCGCUGUGCAGAAUACCGGUAAAAGUGUCUUAACUGGCGGACUUGACGCUUUGGAAUUUAUUGGCAAGAAAACCAUGAAUGUCCUAGCAGAAAGUGAUCCUGGAUUCAAGAAAACCAUUCUGAUGGAACGGACCGCUUCUCUGUCUCAGAUGCUGCGGGAAGCCAAAGAGAAAGAAAAGCAAAGACUCGCCCAACAAGCCACGAUGGAGCCGACAGCGCAUUAUGGAGUGCUCUUUGAUGAAUUAGGUUUGUCACAUCUGGAAGCUUUGGAAAUUCUGUCCAACGAAAGUGAAGCCAAGGUACAAUUGUAUUUGGCAUCUCUUGAAGGAGAGGAGCUAGAAGCCGCAAAAAAGGUGUUGAUUGCUAUUAAGGCAGUCUUCCUUUCACAAGGCUCAGAAACCCAAGACAAAGAAAUAACAAAAGAUGCAAGAGAUGAGUUUAUUACAACACUGACAGAAUUGCUAUUUGAACUACACGUUGCUGCUACACCAGAUAAACUUAACAAGGCCAGAAAGAAGGCUUAUGUUGCCUUAGAAGCGGCAAGUCUCUCCACAUCUGGAGACCUGAAAGAGAACCCACCGGGCUCAAACUAAAGAAGCGGAUGAUGAAAUUGUAGAAUGCAAGUAACUGAAGAAAAAUCCCAGGUGGGAGAACCUUGGAAAGGACAGAAAGAAAAAAGAACCGAAACUGUAGAGGAACUUUACAUGUUGUCCAUUGAAAGCCUGGCCGAAGUAACAGCGCGUUGCAUUGAACAGCUUCAUAAAUUAGCAGAGUUAAUUCUCCAUGGACAAGAAAUUGAAAAACCAGCCCUGACCAAGCUCGGGUUUAACAAACACAUGUGUAACGAAGUGUCAUCCCUCUCACAACAAUUCUCCCAUGUUUUGACUUCGGUUGGGAGUGACAAAAAGGCUGAAAUUCUCAAUCCAAUGGUUAAUAGUGUGCUAUCAGAGGGCUGUAAUAGCACUGCAUAUAUUCAAGACGCCUUCCAGUUGCUGCUUCCAGUCCUUCAGAUUUCACAUAUCCAAAACCAUGGUUUGAAAACACAAGACUGACUUCCUCUAAACGAGCCAUCAAUUUAAUUUCUGUUGGGUCACAAUGAAUGAGUAUCCAAAUGCCUUUUAAGCCAUUCUGGAGUCGUUAGAAGGAGGCUAAAUGCAGGAUUGGCACGGAAAGUUAUCAAACAAACAUUUUCGAUCUGAAUGAACUCUUUCAAUCAGCAAAGGGGAAAGCAGCUUCAUGUUCUUGUAGUAAUUAAGGUUUUAUUCUGAUAUUAUUGGUGCAAAUUCACCUUGGAUAUAUUACUAAAUAUUUUAGAUUUUGUUCAGGGAAAAAAAAAGUUGCCUUUUCCCCUCUCCACCCCUUUUGCUUAAAGAUUUUAUUGUGUAAAUUGAGACAGACAGAAGGAAGACUUAUGAUUUUGCUGUGAUCCUAAUAUUAAAUGGAAACAUUCAGGAAAGAGAAUCAAAGAUAUAAUAGAAGAAUAGACCUUAUUUCUAAUGCUGCUUCUAAUAUUAGACCUUACUUUGACACUAAGUCCAUUUUCCAUUUGUGGGCCUUCACUUCUCCCAGUAGCAGAAAUGUUUACUUGACUUAGCAAUAUUAUUAAUUAAUAGCCGAUAACCGGGCUAUUGUCCUGGGUAUU